GAAAAUUAAAUAUAACCGGUUCUGUAAAAACAACCGGUUUAAGUGUAAAAAGACAAGUGAUAAACGCAAAGCGGCGCAGCGUGCCGCAGAGAUCCUUGCAUGUAAACAAUCUUGGAAUCUAAAAUUGUUUUUACGAAAAAAUCCCUAAAAACUUAGCAAACUGAGGUUUGAGAGGAAAUUUUGACUUCUUUUAAUUCUUUUCAAAUAAAUAAACCAUGGAUGACGAAGCGGAAACCUAUAAACUAUGGAGAAUCAGGAAAACAGUCAUGCAGUUGUGUCACGACAGAGGUUACUUAGUCACUCAAGAGGAAUUGGAUCAGACGUUGGAGCAAUUCAAAGAACAAUUUGGAGACAAACCAAGUGAAAGGCAUCCUCAGAGGAGCGACCUAAUCGUACUUGUGGCCCACAACGAUGACCCCACUGAUCAAAUGUUUGUUUUCUUUCCUGACGAGCCAAAGAUUGGAAUCAAAACUAUCAAAGUACUUUGUCAGCGCAUGCAGGACGAGAACAUUCACAGAGCCAUCAUUGUCGUUCAGCAAGGAAUGACCCCCUCUGCCAAACAAUCUCUUACGGACAUGGCCCCUAAGUACAUUUUGGAACAUUUUCUGGAGUCUGAGCUUUUGAUCAACAUUACAGAGCAUGAGUUGGUUCCUGAACAUGUUGUCAUGACCUCUGAGGAGAAGGCAGAACUGCUUGCCAAAUACAAAUUGAAGGACAACCAGUUGAUGCGAAUCCAGCAAGGAGAUCCAGUGGCUCGUUACUUUGGACUAAAGCGUGGACAGGUUGUUAAAAUUAUUCGACCGUCGGAGACUGCAGGGAGGUACAUCUCUUACCGUCUGGUGUGCUAACUUCUAUCUUUUUUAUAUUGAUGAAAUUAACAUUGAAAUACUAACAUAAUAAAAAUUAAGGUAACAAA